AUGGGCCCGAAAAGAGGUAAAAAGGGCACUCCGUGGCCAGAACCACGGUUUGCAGAUGACCCUGAUAUACGCGCAUAUGUAGCUGCAGCCAUCAAAGAUCUCGAGGCACUGAAGAAGCACCAAGAAGCACUGGAGAUUGGCAUGCCCCAGUCGUACGUACAGGCCUGGGGACGUAAGGUGCCCUCGAACCCUCCCACGGUCCCUAGCGUGGGAUUGAGUAGUGGAGGAAGCUUGCCAUCAACCCCAUAUCCAAGCCAGGAGGACCUAGAGGUCUAUCUGGAACAUACCGAUCCAAAUAUCCUCAACCCGAUACGUCGAUUCCCGGAUAAGGUGGUGGAGAAGGCAAAUCUCGCAAUACGCAGCACUCAAGACACCACCAUCGCACAUCGACGAAUUGCGGCAGCCCGUAUACUACCUAGUGGCGAUAUUAUACUCUUACUAGGCACAGUGGACGACGUCGACCAGCUUACCCGCAAGAAGGACUGGAUUAGGGCAUUCGGAAAUGAAGCACGUAUACGAAAACGUACAUGGGGCGUCGUCGUACACGGCGUCAACACGAAUAUCAACCCCAAACAGCCUCAAUUCAUAACCACGCUUACCUCAGAGAACGCCCCGGUGUUCGCGCAGCUUCCAGCCUCUAUGAAUGUCACACACACGGGCUGGCUCCUAAGCGAGUAUAAGAUCAAGGAACAGAAGCUCACAAAUGCCCACCUUGUAGUCAUAUUUGAUGAUGAAAGGAUUGCUAAUUUUGCAAUCCAACGCGGCCUUAUUAUUAAGGGAAGACAGCACAAUGUCUCAAUAUACAACAAAGCAGCCAAUCUCCAGCAGUGCUUCAAGUGUCAGAUGUAUAAACAUAUCGCCAGGCACUGUCAGCGCCAGAUCUGCUGCGCGUACUGCGCUGGAUCUCAUGAUACAGGGGAUUGCCCUACACCGAAAGAGAAAGAAUACGCUAAAUGUGCUAAUUGCACCGCAGAAAAUGUCCAUAUCAAAGAUCCUGCCAAGAGACUCAAUACGAAACACUUUGCGUACGCGAGGGAGUGCCCGAUACGAGCUACAUGCCUCGCAGAGGCACAUCAACGACGUACAUACGGCCCACAAUAUCACACUCCUGUGAUACGACCUGGCAAUAGUCAGCCCGGAGCCAUCUCACCAAAUGACCCUACACCAGCUGAAGCAGCCAAUACAGAGCGAAGUCCUCGCGCACCGGCUCGUACAGCCACCACACGUCGAUCUGCCAACUCAAGAAAUCCUNNNACUAGGGCGCAGCAUAUUGUAUUGGGGACUUCAACGACAUCACCCGCUGUGGGCGGGCCCGCGGUACCGACACGUGACGAGGAGGCCACCAAAUUGAUUAAUCUUAUGGAUGAGCAUGGGCUCGAGCAGCUCUUGCCACCAGGCACGAUCACGUACGAGAGGGUUAACGCCAAAUCUACAAUUGAUCUGGUGUGGGCAUCGCACAAUCUAGCCAACCGGGUAUACGGAGCAGAUCAUGUCCUAAUCUCCACUCAAUUUGACCUUACAGCUAUACGUGUUCCUCCAUUGGUUCGCAAGCAGUGGAAUGCAACAGAUUGGGACCUCUUCCUUAAACUGAUGGACAUAUACAAUUGGCACCCAAGGGAGCUCAAUGACAAUGAGGCAAUCAAUGAGGCAAUCCGCUAUCUAGUUGAGGCAAUCAAUCAGGCAGCUGAGCAAGCGACACCUACAAAACAGAUCAGCAUCUACUCACGAGCGGGCUACACCCCAGAGAUGGCGAAGCUUAAACACCACGUAUCUAGGUGUAGACGACACGCACGUCGUAUAAAUACAGAUCAGGCAUGGGAGGACUACGCAGAGGCUAGGAAAGAGAUGAAACGGCGCACCAAUGAGCUCGCACGAGAUCUACAUCGCCAACGAAUUGAGCAGGCAACAGAGUCAAUAGAUGGAUUCUGGAGAAUUGCCCGUUGGGUCCGCAAUAGGGGCAAACCACGUGCCACGUUUACCCCAACGUUACACUACAAUAACACGAGUUACACAGCCCCAAAGGAGAAAGCAGCCCUAUUCCGAGAGGUCCUCCACCCAGAGCCCCCGGAGGCAGAUCUGUCAGAUAUUGGGCCACAAUAUAGAUAUCCCAAACUGUAUACGAUGCCACCAAUCACGUUAGACGAAGUCCGAACGGCAGUAACCAACGUGAAGCCCGACAAAGCACCAGGGCCAGAUGGAAUCCCCAAUCUGGUCCUACAAAGGCUGCUCCCUACUAUCGAGGCCUAUCUCGUUAAUCUCUUUAAUGCAUGUCUACGUCAACAAUACUGCCCUGACCAUUUCCGAAAGUCGACAACAGUCAUCCUUCGCAAGCCUGGAAAGCCUGAUUACUCUGAUCCAAAGGCGUACCGCCCAAUAGCGUUACUGAGCACGAUUGGCAAAGCACUAGAAUCAGUGUUAGCCAGACAUCUCAGCUAUCUAGUGGAGCAAUAUAAUCUUUUACCAAAGCAACAUAUUGGAGGACGUCGCGGCCGCUCAUGCGAACUAGCAAUCCAUCUCUUACUAGAAGAGACCCAUAGUGCGUGGAGAGAGGGCUCACGAGUAGCCUCAGGGCUUGCACUUGACGCGGCAGGGGCUUUUGACAACGUCAAUCAUAUAAGGCUGAUACACGACCUACGAAAGCGCCAGGUGCCAGAUGACCUGAUUGGCUGGAUUGAGAGCUUUCUAAGCAAUCGCCGCACGUCAAUCACACUCCUAGAGGGCAAUAUGGGGGAAUUUCUAGUCAAUACAGGCAUUCCGCAGGGCUCCCCAUUGUCACCAAUCCUAUUCCUAUUCUUUAAUGCAGAUCUUAUUGAGCAGAUACUCGCCGAGUGCCCGGACGUGAUUGUACUUGGAUAUAUUGACGACAUCUUCAUCAUGACAUAUGGGACCUCCGCCGCAGCCAACUGCCACACACUCACCAAAGUACACCAGGUUGCAGAGCGCUGGGAGAGGACACAUGCCUCUAAAUUUGCGCCUGCCAAAUAUCAACUUACCCACUUUUGGCGGAAGCACCAAAUGGUGCCUAAGCCGAGUGGUAGGCUGGAUGUACCUCUCAUAAUCAAGGGAGUAGAAAUUAAGCCUACGGACUCAAUCAAAUAUCUAGGAGUUUAUCUGGAUACCCACCUCACUGGGGAAGUGCACGUACAGGAGAUGAGAAAGAAGGCUGCAAAACUGGUAGCGGGAUUAAGCUCAAUCGCAGGAUCGACAUGGGGAACGCCCCUGGUUCAUCUAAGGAAGAUAUACACAGCUGUCCUCUAA